AUAUGCGAGAGGAGGGAGCGAGAUCCAGACGCUGGUGUUGCUGCUGCUUCUGCUGGGAUCCAGCUACAGUAAGAGGCGAAGAAAGUGUGUUUUGCGCAUGAAACCGCCGGCAUGUGCGCGCUGAGAGUUGUGGUUUGCAGGGUCUUUAAACCCCUCCUGAGAAUGACUAUCCAGAGUGGGUCAGUGGUAUCGGCCAGAGACUGCUCUCAGGUGGAAAAUAAGAGGAACACCCUGAGGUGGGACCUGUCUCCAGAUGAGAUCAGGACCAUGACAGAGAGCCUGAUCGCCAGAAUAAAGAAGGUCUAUGAUGACAUUGGAGCUCUAAACAUAGAAAAUGUCUCAGUUGAAAACACCCUGGCAGCCUUGGCCAAUGCCAAGCUGGAUUAUGCAUCAUCUCGUCACGUUCUGGACUUCCCCCAGUAUGUUUGUCCUUCUAAGGAGGUUCGGUCAGCGAGCACAGAGGCAGACAAGAAGCUGUCUGAGUUUGACGUGGAGAUAAGCAUGCGGGAAGAUGUGUUCAAACGCAUUACUGCCUUGCAGGAGAAGCUCCAGGAGGACCUUUCACCUGAAGAAAAGAGGUUCGUAGACAGACAGGUUACACUGGGCCAGAGGAAAGGAUUGCACCUGUCAAAAGAUAUACAAGAGGAGAUAAAACGAACUUCUAAGCUCAUCAGCGAGCUCUCCAUAGAGUUUAACAAGAAUCUGAAUGAGGACAAUACGUUUCUUGUUUUUUCUGAGCGAGAACUGGGUGGGCUAGCUGAUAGCUAUCUGAAUGGGCUGGAUAAGACAGCAGAAGGACGGUAUAAGGUGACACUGGAAUAUCCUCAUUACUACCCCCUGAUGAAGAGGUGUCACAAUCCUGAAACCAGGAGGAAGAUGGAAACAGCUUUUCACAGCAGGUGUAAAGAGGUAAACACAGCAAUCCUUGAACAGUUGAUACAACUAAGGGCAAAGGUUGCAGACUUACUUGGUUACAGUAGCCAUGCCAACUACGUACUGGGAAUUAACAUGGCUAAAAAUGCGAGCAAUGUGUCUGACUUUCUAGACACAUUCUAUGAAACACUAAAGCCCAUUGGAAUCAAGGAGAGGAAAUAUAUUCUUGCUCUUAAGAAAAGGGAGUGCUUGAUGAAAGGCUUCCAGUUUGACGGCAAGAUCAACGCCUGGGACUUGCCCUAUUACAUGAACCAAGUGGAACAGUGCAAGUUUGCAGUCAACAAGGACAAACUAAUUGAGUAUUUCCCUCUCGAUGUGGUGACAGAAGGACUGUUUGGUAUCUACCAGGAGCUGCUGGGUCUCAAGUUCACCGAGGUGGAACAUGCUCAUGUGUGGCAUGAAAAUGUCAAGCUUUAUUCAGCACAGGACACUGAAACCGGCGAGGAGAUUGGUCAGUUCUACAUGGACUUACAUCCAAGAGAAGGAAAGUAUGGCCACGCAGCUUGCUUUGGGCUCAGGCCUGGCUGCAAAGGACCUGAAGGAAAACGCAGGCUUCCAGUUGCAGCAAUGGUAGCUAACUUUACCAAGCCCAGAAAAGGUUGGCCUUCUCUCCUCCAGCACCAUGAAGUGGAGACUUAUUUUCACGAGUUUGGUCAUGUCAUGCAUGAGCUCUGCUCAAAGACCACUUUUUCAGAAUUCAGUGGAACUCUGGUAGAGACAGACUUUGUGGAAGUGCCAUCUCAGAUGCUUGAGAACUGGGUUUGGGAGAAGGAGCCUCUAAAAAGAAUGUCUGGCCACUACAAGGAUGGCACCCCGAUUCCAGACAGUCUACUCGACAAACUGAUCGCUUCCAGAGUUGCCAACACUGGCCUAAUGAACCUGCGUCAGGUGGUCCUCAGUAAAGUGGACCAGUCACUACACACCAGCCCUCAUGCAGACACGGCUGAGGUGUUUGCACAGCACUGCCAGGACAUCCUGGGUGUCCCUGCUACACCAGGUACCAACAUGACAGCGAGUUUCAGCCACCUGGCUGGAGGAUAUGAUGGCCAGUACUACAGCUAUCUGUGGAGUGAAGUCUACUCCAUGGACAUUUUUUUCAGCCGUUUUAAAAAGGAAGGCAUCAUGAAUCCAAAGAUGUCUUCAUCUAUACAUGUGUACCUUGACACAGGUUGGAAAACAGUACAGAAGGGUGAUCCUGGAAGCUGGAGGCUCUGUGGAUGGAAUGGACAUGCUGAAAACCUUCCUUGGACGUGUGCCAUGUCAGGAAGCCUUCUUCCAGUGCAAGGGACUGAUUAAGUCACAAGAAACACCUGUUAUAUUCUGAUAUAUCUUUUAAUUCUUUUUUGUCUAAACAGUUUAUUUGUAAUUUUCUGGAUGCAUGUUCAUGAUAGUAGAAAAAUAGUUUUUGUUCAGGGUUUUGUACUUGAUAUCCACCUGUGCACCGGCCUUUAUGCAAAUAUACAGCACAUCCGGGAUGGUCCCCCUCAUGACAUGUACAAUGGGCCCUUUUCACAGCAGUCAUUUUGACUAUAGUAGGGAAAGCAGAAGUGUUACUAAUAACAUUAGCAAUGGCUGUACUCUAUGUAAAAGUCCCAAUAAGCCCUGGCAGUGUGACAGUAAGUCGGCAUGCUCCGUUCACCUUUUUCACAGCAGACAUUUUGACUUGCCAUCUCAGGCAAAUCACAAGUGAAACUAAUGUGGUUAACAGUGGCUCAGUCCCAUCAAAUGUGCAGGAAAACCAUGACAGAGAGCAACGCUGCAUGAUACCAACAGUCUUAUUACUUUUAUCGAUGAGGCAAAAACAUUGAGAUUUUGAGAUAUUUUGCUUUUAUAACAUGUCUUCUGUUCAUAUUAAUGGGCAAAAAACUCACAUUUGUCUCUUUGCGCUUGCAGAUUUAAGUAAUAAUGCAUUUUUUAAGGGUCUAUUUCUCAGAAUUGUUUUUUUUUUCCACACUUUUACAUAUACUAAACCUUUAAGUUGCAUUCUUAUCUGUAUUCUGAAGGUUCUUCCUGUGGGCUUUGUUUAUGUAUUAUUCAUAGCCUUUUUAUUGAAUAUUUAUUCCUAAAAACGACAAAAAUAACUUUCUUUUUUGAUCUUUGACAGUAUGUUCUGAUUUCAAAUUCAGUAUCUCUGCUUAAGUUGUUCUUUGGGGGGGGAAGCAGUAAGUGUGGUGGUCUACCCCCACAGAAUUUAAAGCAUCAAACACUUCAUUUCCUGCAUUGAGCAAAUUUUUUAUGCACCAGUUUGUGCCUGGUCAUAUUUUCUGGACACUUUAAAACCCAUUGAACCUUAAAACCCACUAAUUAUAUUUAAGGAAAUUGCUAAAAUUACUUAAUUUAUCAAAGUCUUUGAACUGUUCAUCCUUAAAAUGGUGUCCCAAUCAAAAGAUAAACCAAAGCCAAGCUUUCAAUCAUGAUACUUCAUUAAAAUGACUUUAUUCUACAUUUCUCAUUUUGAAAAUUGAAUUUGCACUUGCCAUAUUCUUUAAAAAGAAUUCAAUCCAUGGAGCAAACCUAAUACUAUUAAUGACCAAUGGCCACUUUACAAAAAUUGAGGGACUUUUUGGCUGAACCGCCAAAAAGUCCCUGGUGUUUACAUGGAGGCUAGUAUGGAAACCAAAGAAAAAUGUUUGUAAAAUAUCUAAUAUGUAGAGCCAAUAUGUUUUUUUUCAGCAUUGGUGACACCUGUGGGCACUUGGAGAAGUCAUGCACAUGUUGAUUGUAAUUUUUAUUUUUAUUCAUUUUUUGGUAUUUACUACAGUUUGUUAUAGUGCAAAAAAGACAUUAAGAGUUCUGUCAAGCUUCUAGCCAUGAUUGUAAUGUUUCCCAUAGAGGAGCAGGACUUUAGAUUGCAUUGCAGUGAAAAAAUAAGCCAACAGUGAGUAAAAAUGAGGCAUGAGAUAAAAAAAACAACAACUAACACCCAGAAACUGCUUAGGGUUCAGAGGCUUAAAAAUCCACUCGAAGGAAAAAAAAGGUUUGUGUCCACCCACCAGGGGGCGCCAUAAGAUAACAAGAACUGUUGUAAAUACUGCAAACACCUUUCGUAUACAUGGAGAUGGACUUAAUAAAAUGUUGUUUUUGUUU